AUGUCUGGCUCAGUAUCAAGAGGUCUGGUGCGCGCCCUGCGCCAGACCAAAAGACCUUCAACGCCUCGGUCGCAAGCCAGACAGUGCCAACCUCUGCGGCCCUUGUUUGAGCCCGCCCGAAACUUCUCCGUAACGAGUCGACGACGAGAGGACCCCAGCGAACCCCAUCGCAAUGUCAAAUACACGACCGACAUGUAUCCCACUCUCAAACGAGACCCACGGUUCGCGGAAAUCACGGCCGAUCAUAUCCAGUUCUUCAAGUCUGCCCUCGGCGACGAUGCUGCGGUUAUUGAUGGACUGACCACCGAUGCUUCAGAUGACCUGGAGGCUUUCAACACUGAUUGGAUGAGGAAAUACAGAGGCCAUACCAAGCUCGUCUUAAGACCCAAGAGCACGGAAGAAGUGAGCAAAGUACUCAAAUAUUGCAAUGACAAUAAGCUGGCUGUGGUACCCCAAGGUGGAAACUCGGGCCUGGUUGGCGGCAGUGUGCCGGUCUUUGACGAAAUUGUCAUCUCACUCUCCCGAAUGAACAAAAUCCGCAGGUUCGACGACAUUAGCGGCAUCCUGGUGGUCGAUGCUGGCGUUAUACUCGAAGUAGCCGACAAUUACCUUGCCGAGCAUAACCAUCUCUUUCCCCUUGACCUCGGUGCCAAAGGAUCCGCCCAGAUAGGUGGAAACGUUGCGACCAAUGCCGGAGGGCUGAGACUGCUACGUUACGGUUCGUUACACGGCAAUGUUCUUGGAAUCGAAGCAGUACUACCGGACGGCACCAUUGUCGACGAUCUUGGUACUCUGCGGAAAAACAACACGGGCUACGACUUGAAGCAACUCUUCAUUGGCGGAGAGGGGACGAUCGGAGUCAUCACAGGCGUGUCGGUGGUGUGCCCUCAGAGGUGCAAAGCAAUCAACGUGGCAUAUUUCGGACUCUCUUCGUUCGAGAAUGUCCAAAAGGCCUACAAAGAAGCAAAGGUCCAGCUUGGAGAAAUUCUGUCUGCCUUUGAACUCAUGGAUGCUCGAAGUCAGGGCUUCGUCCACCAAGUCACCGGCAAACAAAGACCAUUGGAAGGUGACCAUCCCUUCUAUUGCUUGAUUGAAACCAGUGGUUCCAAUACAGAACACGACGGUGAAAAGCUAGAAAAGUUCUUGGAAUACGUUAUGAGUGAAGAAAUUGUCUCGGACGGUGUCCUCGCCCAGGACGAGACACAGGCCAAAUCUCUCUGGGCAUGGCGAGAGGGCAUCACAGAGGCCAUUGGCCACUAUGGCGGGACUUACAAAUACGACCUUUCGAUCCCCAUUCAAGAACUGUACCAACUCGUGGAAGACACGAGAGAUAGACUCACUUCGAAAGGCUUGGUAGGUGAAGACGACUCUUUCCCCGCGAUUGCCGUGGUCGGCUAUGGACAUAUGGGCGACGCGAAUCUGCACUUGAAUAUCCCCGUGCGCAAAUACACAAAAGAAGUCGAAGAAGCGAUAGAACCGUGGGUGUAUGAAUGGAUCCAAAAACGCAACGGAAGCAUCAGCGCGGAACAUGGCCUGGGCAUCGCCAAAAAGAAAUACAUCGGAUACAGCCGCAGUGAGACGAUGAUCAAGCUAAUGAAGCAGAUCAAGGAUCUUUACGAUCCCAACGGAAUUAUGAAUCCGUACAAGUAUAUAUAA